AUGGCUGCGAAAGUGUGCAGAUCGGUUCUACUGUUGUCCCGAAGCGGCGGAGCAGCGACCGGCAGCCUCUCCGCACUUGUCGCUUCUUCUCCACGGCACCAGCAGCACAUAAGACCGCAGGAGGUACUGUCCACGCCAUUCACUCGCCAGACUGUCAGGAGAGCACAUGGCCUCCGGCCAGCAACUCACUCCACACUCUUCACUCAGCCUCCCACUGCCCUGUCUCCACAGAUUUGGAGAGGCUCCCCUUCAUGGCAUGGCCAGAGGAUGUUGUGUACACCGGGAUCAUCAGAGGAGGUGACAGUGGUGUACCAGAAUGGGCUGCCAGUCAUCUCGGUCAGUUUGCCAUCCAGGCGAGAACGUUGUCAGUUCACUCUCAAGCCUCUGAGUGAUUGUGUGGGAGUUUUCCUGCAACAGCUUCAAGCAGAGGACAGAGGAAUCGAUCGGGUGGCCAUAUACUCCACGGAUGGUGCAAGGGUCGCCUCCUCUACAGGCAUAGACAUUCUGUUACUGGAUGAUUUCAAGCUCGUCAUCAACGACACCACCCACAUUGUGCGACCACCAAGGAGAGAGUUGCUGCCCCAUGAGGAGACAGAAAGGCUGAAUGAUGUCAAAUUCUUGGUGCAACAACUUUACACCACUUUACGCAUUGAAGAGCACCAACUCAGCAAAGAGCGAGAGCUGAUCGGACGACUAGAGGAACUCAACUCUCAGCUCCGCCCCCUUGAGAAGGUAAAGCAGGAGCUGAGUAGGAAGGCGGAGCGACGCACCACCUGGGUGCUAUGGGGCGGCAUGGCAUACAUGGCCACCCAAUUCGGCAUCCUUGCUAGACUGACCUGGUGGGAGUACUCUUGGGAUAUCAUGGAGCCUGUCACCUAUUUCAUCACCUACGGCACAGCCAUGGCUAUGUAUGCAUAUUUUGUGCUCACACGCCAGGAGUACGUGUACCCCGACGCCAGGGACCGACAAUACCUGCUCUUCCUCCACAAGGGGGUGAAAAGGACACGCUUUGAUAUUGAGAAGUAUAACAAGCUCAAAGAGGACAUAUCUGAGGUGGAGUUGGAUCUGAAACGUCUUAGAGACCCGCUGCAGCUUCAGCUCCCAGUUCAACAGCUCAAUGCUGGUAAAGAUUGA